GCUUGUAUUGUACUCAGAAGUCCGGUGUUGCCGGAAGCAUGGCGGCUGACUGAAGAGGAGGGAGAGCCGGGCAUGGCAGGGCUGGGGGGCCGCAGCGGGGAGGUCAUACACCUCAAUGUGGGGGGAAAGAGAUUCAGCACCUCCAGACAGACCCUGACGUGGGCGUCCGACACCUUCUUCUCCAGCCUGCUUAGUGGCCGGAUCUCCACCUUGAAGGAUGAGACUGGAGCAAUCUUCAUAGACAGAGACCCCGAGGUAUUUGCGCCGAUUCUUAACUUCCUGCGGACCAAAGAGCUUGACGCGAGGGGUGUAAAUUGCUCCGUCUUGCUGCACGAGGCAGAGUUUUAUGGGAUCACCCCACUAGUCCGCCGUCUGCAGCUGUGCGAGGAUCUGGACCGAUCGUCCUGCGGGAGCGUCCUGUUCAAUGGCUCCCUGCCCCCUCCGGUAUUUCCAGCUAAAAGAAGGAACCGGCACAGCGUUUCGGGUUUGCAGAUCGGCUCCAGAAGUUCUCAUAAUGAACGCGUUCCGGUCCGGAGGAGCAACACCAUGCCGCCCAACCUCGGGGGGGCCGGUAUCCUGGGCCGCCUGCUGGAGGACAGGUGCUUCGGGAGCGGAGGAGGGACCCCCAGCGACCCCGGCAUGGUCCGGAUUAUCUGCGGGCAUCACAACUGGAUCGCCGUGGCGUACGCCCAGUUCAUCGUGUGUUACAGAAUGAAGGAGACGUCCGGCUGGCAGCUGAUUUUCUCGAGCCCCUGCCUGGACUGGGUAAUCGAGCGAGUGGCUUUGAACGCCAAGGCCGUCGGCGGGACCCUCGGGGAGUCGGACAAGAUGCUGGCCGUGUCCUCCUACAGCGAGAUAAUCCUGUGGUCCAUCAGUGGGGACAGCAGCGGAAGUGAAAUCGGUGUUUUCAGCCUCGGCGUUCCCGUAGAAGCUCUGUUCUUUGUCACGAACCAGUUAAUAGCCACAAGUCACACGGGGAAGAUCGGGGUGUGGAACGCGGUGACCAAGCACUGGCAGAUCCAGGACGUGGUGCCGAUAAACAGCUACGACACGGCCGGCUCCUUCCUCCUGUUGGGAUGCAACAACGGAUCCGUCUACUAUGUAGAUGUUCAGAAGUUCCCGCUGCGCAUGAAAGACAACGACCUGCUCGUCACGGAGCUUUACCGGGACCCUUCGGAGGACGCGAUCACUGCUCUCAGCGUCUACCUCACGCCCAAGACAAGUGACAGCGGGAACUGGAUAGAGAUCGCCUACGGCACCAGCUCCGGCGUGGUGAGGGUCAUCGUGCAGCAUCCGGAGACCGUAGGAUCGGGACCCCAACUCUUCCAGACUUUCACCGUCCACCGCAGCCCCGUCACCAAGAUCAUGCUGUCGGAGAGGCACCUUAUAUCGGUCUGCGCGGAUAAUAACCACGUCCGCACGUGGACCGUCACCCGCUUCCGUGGCAUGAUCUCCACUCAGCCCGGAUCCACGCCGCUCGCCUCUUUCAAAAUCUUGUCCUUGGAAGACAUCGACGGACACGCCGGCUGCAGCUCAGGGAACGACAUCGGGCCAUUCGGAGAAAGAGACGACCAGCAGGUCUUUAUACAGCGAGUGGUCCCCGAUUCCAACGUGGUCUACGUCCGUCUGUCCUCUACGGGGAAAAGGAUCUGCGAAGUCCGCUCGGUGGACGGCUCGCCCAUCACGUCGUUCACCGUGCACGAGUGUGACGGCUCCAGCCGCAUCGGCUCCCGGCCCCGGCGCUAUCUGUUUACCGGCCACGCCAGCGGCUGCCUCCAGAUGUGGGACCUGACCACCGCCAUGGAAGUGGCGAGCAAAGGGGAGAGCCGAGAGCUGGGGGGUCUGACGCAGGACGAGCUGCUGGAGCAGUUGGAGCAGUGCGACCUGGCCCUCACCCGGACCCCUGAGCUCAGCCCGGCUGCCUCCUACUCGCAAUGGAGCAACCCGCGCGCCUCCAUCACAAGUCUCCAGUCCCACCUGAGUGAGGGUCCCCGAGAGAGGAUCUCCAGGUCCGGACCUUCCUCCUCCGGCCGCCCCCAGCUGGCUUCUGGUCGUCUGGCUGAAGGGUGGGCUUCUCUGUGCAGUCUGCAGCCUCAGCUCCACGGCAGCUUAGGCUCCUUGCAGAAGUGGGACUCGCUGCCGCGUUCCUGCGCAAAAGCGGCCAGAGCUCCGAGCGCCCAAUCCCGUCCUGACGUCCGCGGGAGCGGCGCUGCGCUGGAUCCGCCUCGCGGCAGCGGCAGUUUUGUGGAGCGCUGCCAGGAGCUUGCUCGCUGCUCAGAAUCCCAGCAUCCCGAGCCACGCUGGUCCGGUGGCGAGGGGGCUCCGACCCGAAUUAAAAGUCCGCGGGGGUCAGCGCCAGCGAGACGUCCGGCCUCCCCAGCCCCUUCUCAGCCGCCUCUGCUCUGCGUUGCCCCCUUCCCGGCUCCGUCUUCUCCCUCCGCUGCCCCGGGAGAGGCACCCGGCGACCCCCCGGUUCCCCCAAAACUCCCACAGAAGCCAAGACUCAACGAGACCUCCUUCUGAAGAUCCUUUCUGGGGUCCGGGCCGGAGGCGGAAGAGUCCUAAACCCCGAGGGGCAGAAAGGCACGCCGUUCGUUUUUAUUUCUACAGUCAGAGGGCGGCGUGUAACUGUGACGCUGUCGCUUAUCUCCCGUCACGGCGGACGUCGCCUUAAAGCGGCAAAACAUUAUUAUACCCGGGGCAUUGGGGGCAAUUAUUUGCUCCUCCUGUGUAUAGCACCAGGUAUAA